AUGGAAACUGAUAGAAAAGUAAGAACAGCAGUUAAUUACUAUAGAAAGAACGUAUUAAAGAGAUAUUUUCAGAUUUGGAAAAAAUAUUCUGAUCACAAGCAAUCCCUAACAGUACAAAUACCACACAACAGUUAUUUGGAUUCAAAGCCGGGUGUACAAUUUGAUUAUACAACAUUAAAUUUGAGGAAAAAUGAUAACGACCAAAAGAAAAAAGAAGAAGUUGUAUUUCCAAGAAUUGUUAAUACAAACAAACAUUUAGACAAUGAAGUAAAAGAGAAAACGAUAAAACUUAGGAAUUUUAUUAUAGGAAGAUUAUGGGAAAAGUAUAGUUUUAUUGCAAUAAACAAACGAUAUAGUAGAACACGAAAUGAAAAAAUAAUCGUUGAACAAUCACAAAAGUAUAAUACAGUUUCCAGAAAAAAUAUAAUUAUAGCGUACAGUGCAUUAUUAUUAUUCAAAAUUACGUGGAAAAUAUGGUAUAGGUAUUCCAAUAUAAUAAUUGAAAAGAAAAAAUGA